AGUACAUGAGAGGUACAAACCAAGUGUCAGAGAGUUCAUAGAAGAAUCUCUUCUGAUGGAGGGAAAUCAGAGGCAGCAACAUGGAGAAGGUGGCCAGAUCAGAAAAUUGCCCAUACCAUGGCAAGUAUUUAGAAAGAUUCAAGUUGAAGGAGAGCCUGUAGUCCUGACACCCCCUUUCCUGAUGCUCCACAACCAAGUCUUCUUCAACCUGUCAUGGCAUAAAAAUGAUUCUGAGAAGAUGGUUCUAGGAAUCGGCAAAUCAGGCAGAACAUGGAUGAAAGAUAAUGCUCUCUGGAUUUUUCCAGCAUCACUAGAGGACACAGGAACUUACAUUUGCACCUUUAGGAAUGAAUCUUAUUGUGCCACAAUGUCUGUUGAGUUAAAGGUCUUUAAGAAGACAGAAGCAUCUCUGCAAAACAUUUCCUAUUCCCAAGUUCUAAUUGCUUCAGGUCCUGGAAAUCUAGUAUGCCCUGACAUAAGUGAUUUUAUCCAAGACAGAAAUAACAUGGAAAUAAAAUGGUAUAAGGAUUCAGUUCUUUUGGACCAAAGCAACAAGAAGUUUUCAAUUUUGAAAAGAUCUGUUUACUGCCUUAUAAACAAUGUAUCAUUGGAUGACUCUGGUUACUACAUGUGCAAGCUGCCUUUUGUCUAUGAAGGUGUGAAGCAUAACAUCACCAGGUACAUUAAGCUACGUGUUGUGAAAAUAAAGGAGGUGACCAUGCCUGUUAUUGUUGCACCUAAUAAGACUAUCUUGACUUCUCUUGGUUCAAAACUGGUAAUUCCUUGCAAAGCAUCAGGCUCAGAGUCUACAACGCUUUUGUGGUGGACAGCAAAUAGGACUUUCGUGGAUAAUGUCUACAAAGAAGGACGGGUUAAGGAAGGACAACACCAUGAAUAUUCAGAAAACAAUAAGAGCUAUAUUGAAGUGCCUCUGAUAUUUAAUUCAGUGGAAAAGAAGGUGAACACUGAAUUUAUAUGUAAUGCCAAGAAUAGAUUGGGAUACCAGACAUUGCAAGCAAGAGUUAAAGAAGAACCUACGUUUUCCUGGGGAAUUGCUGUGGCUCCUCUCUCACUCAUCUUCUUGGUCUUUGUUGGCAUAUGGAUACAUAGAAGGUGGAAACAGAGACCUGGGAAAGUAUAUGCUACUAGAAAAGCAAAGAUUAUCAGUCAUGAUUGUCAACUCUCUACUCCUUACAGAAAGGAAAUAAUAUAAAACCACAACCAUAUUCUUUUUUUAAUGACAAAGAGUUAUUUUCUUCUGGUAGAUGCCUCCCCCCCUAGAAUUUACCCCCAAGCCACUGGACUCAUGGUGAAGUAUUGACUCAGAAAGUAAAAUGAACAUAUAUUGCCUGUCUGCAUAUGGUGCUAUAGAGGCCUCUGUUUCUCUCAGCUUAAAUGAAUGGAGUGAAGGGCUUGCUUUUAUGGACUUAGUACUUUGGUACCUGAAUGGAUUUGUGAUCUUAUCCAUGGAUCUAGGUCACUAGAACCUUUACUUUUUCUUGUGUGUUAUUCUUGUUAGUAUCCUGCCCCUCUCUUGCAUCUAAUUUCUAUCUUUUAUAUAUCUACUUAUUUACAUAUUGUCUACCCCAUUAGAAUGUGAGCUCCCUGAGGGCAAGCACUGGUUUUGUCUUUCUUUAUAUCCUUAGCACAGUUCUUGGCACAUAGAAAGCACUUAAUACAUGUUUUUUAAAAUUUACAAUAAGGACUAUCUUCUAGGUUAAGAAUUCUUAACCUGCUGUCUGUGAAUGCAUUCAAAUAUUUUGAUAACUGCAUUUCAAUAUAAUGUUUCAUUUGUAAUCCUUUUAAAAACAUUGUUCUGAGUAAAGCAUAUAUUGCAUAAAAAAGACUAAAUCAUCUCUAAACGUUCAGUUUUGUGGUUACAGGUUUAACAUUUGAGUUUCUAUCUGUAAUCCUACACUCAGACUGCAUGACUGGUCCAACUUCUUUCAGGCAACACCUGUCUUUUGAUGAUGUCUUUAUUUUGGUUUAUGAUGGAUGAAAAAAAACCAAACAAAGUUUUUGAAGUUUGGGUCUGGGAUUCUUAGGGGGGAAUGGAUGGAAUAGAAUGUAAAAAGGCAAAGCUAUGGAAUAAAAAGUGGGGUUGGCUGAGUGGGAUGGCUAGGGGAUUAAAUUGAUUUAAAGUGGGAAGAAUUCUUGUAAUAGAGAGAAGAGAUUGCUCCUAGAUGAGUGGAAUUGUUAUUAUAGGGAACUACCUCAAGUUCUUGGGCAGGGAGUGAGAUUUCUUAAAAUUAUAGAUACUUAGUUCCAGAUGACACUGGCACUGUAGCUGAUUCAGAGUCU